CCAAAACCUGUAGGAGUCUUGAAAAACGGCAAUAGAUGCCAGCAAUUGAAACCGAUUAAACUCCUACACGACAAAAUAACACUGACAAACACCUGUGCUUUUGACAGUUUUGCUCAAAUUUUUGCUUGUUCCAGUAUUGACAGCAACAAAUUGAUGACAUUUUUUAAAAGUCAUGUUGAAGACACUGGAGAAGAUUCAAUAACGAAAGCAUUUUUCGAGUUAUGCGAAAAACUAGGUAAGCAAGGCAUCAGUGCUUCGACUUACAAAAUUCGACUCGAAAUCUUACUAAAAACUAAUCCUAGGUGUGAAAAAUUACCGGGAAAUAUAACUCUUGUUAGCACGGAGACUACAGCAAGUAAUCUGAUCGGCCAAAUCCUUAAUGAUCAUCCGGUUAUAAUUGAUGAAACUGUAUGCGAAAACUGCAAAAAAGGAAAAACUGUAAUCCAAAGUUGUCUAUCAGUAUGUCUCACUGAAUCGGACCUAAGUCAAUUGGAUAAAAAAUUGUCAGAGCUAUUACAACUGAAAUUUCGGACAUGCGAGCAAUGUGGAGGAGUCCAAUCAGUGAAGAGGACACUGUGCAACACAUAUCUAAUCAUAGAAUUAGUUUAUAUGUCAAGCACUGACCAAAAAAGUGACAUUUUAAAGGAGUAUGAGACAAAGCCUUGUGAUUUACCUCUCGUUAUCACUCUAAAUGAAGUGACAUAUACUCUAAGAGGUUUUCUGGGAUUCUGUGGGAAAACAUCAAGCAUCACAAGUAUUGGACAUUAUGUUGCUUAUGUAAGACGGUGCAAUGAUACAUGGGAGCUAUACGAUGACACUAAAGACUCCAAGAUUUGUGUGUCGCCAAGCAAAUCGGUACCCUGUCAAGUAUUGGUCUAUACAGUUUAAUGCAAGAUAUGUUGCUAACUGGCGUAGGCUACUGAUAUUUAUUGCUGACUGGUU